CCAACAGGGGAGGAGGGGGCAGGCUGAUGUCCUCUCUGGUGCGCUCAUCCAACCUCUGCCGUUGUAAAGCUGCUGUUACCCUGCUGUAAGGAUCCGCCGAGAUAAAACUCCCCACUUAUUUCCAUCGAGAUCGUCCAAGUUGAUCAUUUUCCGCUUUGGGGACACAUUUCACACCCGUAUUACGCAUGGAAUGGUUUUGGGGGGAUUGGAGUAGAAAUGCAGCGCCGCACGUCCAGCCCACAACAAGAACCAUGCCCAACUUACAUUGCAAGCAAAUCUAUGACAUCCUGUUUUAUCGUUUACGACUUUGAUAUGAGAGAAAUCUGCUCGGAUCUCGACGAAGAGUGAAAGAAAGGAUCCCGGCGCGCCGGCUGAAGGACGCUGUUUUCCGCCGCAGAAGCUCCAGAAACCCAACUACACCCCCUCCCCUCAGCAUUUAGGAUUUUCCUCUUUUUGAUGGAGCUGGAGAACAUAGUAGCCAACACUGUACUACUUAAAGCCAGAGAGGGUGGAGGUGGGAAACGGAAAGGCAGGAGCAAAAAAUGGAAGGAGAUCCUUCGCUUUCCCCACAUAAGCCAGUGUGCUGAACUGGGAAAAACCAUCGACAGGGAUUAUUCCAGCAUCUGUGACAAGCAGCCCAUUGGACGGCUUCUGUUUCGUCUUUACUGUGAGACCAAACCCAACUUGCAAAGAUGCAUCCAGCUGCUUGAUGCAACGGAAGACUAUGAGGUUACGUCUGAUGAAAAACGAAAAAGCAGAGGGGAGCAAAUCAUCAAGACCUUUCUUUCAAAACAAUCACCUCAGCGGGUAGACAUAGCGGAGGGUUUUGCAGAGCAAUGCAGAGAGAACCUCGAGUUCAGUCCAUGUAAGGAGAUCUUCGGCGACUGCCGCAAGGCCGUCCAUGAGUACCUGAGUGGAGCGCCAUUUUCAGACUAUCAGAACAGCAUGUAUUUUGACCGCUUCCUUCAGUGGAAGGUGCUGGAGAGGCAACCAAUCACUAAAGACACAUUCAGACAGUACCGAGUGCUAGGAAAGGGGGGAUUUGGAGAGGUGUGCGCAUGCCAGGUCAGAGCAACAGGGAAAAUGUAUGCCUGCAAGAAACUAGAGAAGAAGAGAAUCAAGAAGAGGAAAGGAGAAUCCAUGGCCCUGAACGAGAAACAGAUUUUGGAGAAAGUCAACAGUCGGUUUGUUGUGAGUUUGGCGUAUGCGUACGAGACCAAAGACGCUCUUUGUCUGGUGUUGACCAUCAUGAACGGUGGCGACCUGAAGUUCCAUAUCUACAACAUGGGCACGCCGGGCUUCGACAAAGACAGGGUCCAGUUUUACGCCGCUCAGAUCUGCUGUGGACUCGAGCAUUUGCACAGGGAAUCCAUUGUCUACAGGGAUUUGAAACCAGAAAACAUCUUACUAGAUGAUAAUGGACACAUUCGGAUUUCAGAUCUGGGGCUGGCCAUCAAAGUGCCUGAAGGAGAGUUCAUCAGAGGAAGGGUGGGGACGGUAGGCUACAUGGCUCCAGAGGUGAUCAACAAUGAAAAAUAUGCCAUGAGUCCAGACUGGUGGGGGCUGGGUUGCCUCGUUUACGAGAUGACCGCAGGAAGAUCGCCCUUCCGUGCCCGGAAAGAGAGAGUAAAGCGUGACGAAGUGGAGAGAAGGGUGCAGGAGGAAGAGGAGGAGUACAACGACAAGUUUACAGAGGACACAAAGACGAUCUGCAGAUUGCUGCUCACCAAAGACCCCAAGCAGAGGCUGGGGUGCAAUGCGGACGGAGCAGCAGGCAUCAAGGCUCACACGUUCUUCAAAAACAUCAAUUUCAAGCGAAUGGAGGCUGGAAUAGUAGAUCCUCCCUUUUUGCCUGAUCCUCGGGCAGUGUACUGUAAGGAUGUUUUGGACAUAGAGCAGUUCUCCACUGUCAAGGGAGUAAAUUUGGACCAAACUGACAAUGACUUCUACUCCAAAUUUGCUACAGGCAGUGUUCCCAUCCCGUGGCAAAACGAGAUGAUUGAAACAGAGUGUUUCAGAGAUCUGAAUGUGUUUGGGCCUCAAGGAACAAGACCUCCAGAUCUGGACUGGAAUCAGCCGCCGGAGCCACCCAGACGCAGCCUGCUGGACAGGAUCUUCAGGAGCACCCAGAUGUGUCCAUCUCCAACAGCCGUGUGCAGUCUUCCAGUGUAAAUUCUGUAGACUCCAUGUCCAACUCUGCCCCCUAACGGCACAGUGACAGAGUUUGAGCUACUUAACCCGCAAACACUCACAAGAAGGGAAGGAGCUCGGAAGAGCUUUCCUGUUGCUGAUUGGUCCGCAGCUGAAGGCCUGAGCAGCAGCUGGAGACAGCCUGUCUAAAAGCUUAAAUGGUCGGCCCACGGGUAGGGAAGGGAGGGGAGGGCACAAGGGGGGUGGAUUGACCUGGCCCUGAGAUUCUGGGCAUUAGUAGUAGGACGCUCGAUGUUGUGGAGAUGUGUGGAAAUAUUCAGACAAACUUUAUUUUCCCUCAGGAUUGUUGGACUAUAGAAAAGAGCCAAUGUUGUUGUUCUUGUACCGGAAGAGGAUAGAUGACAAGCCGAUAUUCAGGGGAUUCACUGUAUAAUAAAGACCACCACAGGGAAUAGGGGAGGGGGGGCGGGGUCUGGGGUCAGUGAAAUUUGUUUCUCAAAAAAAGAGAGAAUUUUUUUUUUUUCCUGUCAUUUCAGUCAUGUACUUUCUGGCCUGUAUCCUGUAUCAACAUCUCUUUCAUCCACCCCCCACCUCCCCCUUUACGUGUCACCAUCUGCACAACUCUUAACUUAUUCUUUCUCCAUAUUUCACCUUUCAUACCUCAGAUCUCUCCUAAACAUUCAGAGCAUGUCACCAUAGCAACCUCAGUAACACAUUGUACAUUGCCUUUGCGUUCAUUCAGGCCAAAGAUUGCAAUUCUAGUUUUGUGAUUCUGUUGUCAUGUUCAACUGUUGGUUUUUGGAAGGUCUUUAGCUGUUGUGUAGAACUACAGAAGGAUCAGAAUGUGGGAUCCAUUUUAGAGUUUUCUUUAAAUAUGAACCUGCAGACAUAUCAUAGAGCUUAAAGCACCCCCCCACACACACACACAGACACAUAGCACAGUGCUUUCCAAAAUUAUUCAUACCUCUUGAACAUCAUAAUUUAUCACGUUACAAACGUUUUUGUUUUGUUUUGUUUUUAUUCAUUUAGAACUGAAAAAUCUAAAAAGUGUGGCAAGCAUUUGUAUUCAGUCCAUCAGUAAAUACUUUGUGAGACCUCCUUUUUUUU